AUGUCUGCUGACGAAUACAAGGCCGAGGGCAACAAGCACUUUGCUGCCAAGGAGUUCGACAAGGCGAUUGACGCGUUCACCAAAGCCAUCGACGCCCUGGCCACCCCGAACCAUGUGCUCUACCUGAACCGGUCGGCGGCGGAAGCGCUGUUGAAGCAGUUCGACAAGGCGUUAGCCGAUGCCAAGGAGUGUGUCAAGAUCAACCCUACCUGGGCGAAAGGGUAUAACCGUGUCGGCGCUGCCGAGCUUGGUUUGGGCAAUUUGGAGGACGCGAAACUGGCGUACCAAAAAGCGCUUGAAAUCGAACCCACCAACGCCAUGGCCAAGGAAGGUUUGGACCAGGCGCUGCACUUGAUUGAAGCGCGUAACGCCACUCCCGAUAUGGGUUUGGGGGCUAUUUUCUCCGACCCUAAUUUGAUUGAGAACUUAAAGGCCAACCCUAAGACCUCGAAAUUGAUGGAAGACCCGGAGCUUGUGGCUAAACUUCAACAGAUUCAAGCUAACCCCAAGGCCAACGCCACCCAGUUCCUCACCGACCCCAGAUUGAUGUCGAUCAUGGCGGCGAUGAUGGGCAUUGAUUUGGACAACUUGCCCGACCAGCCGCCUGCGGGCUUUGAAGAAAAGACUAAGGCCGAAGCCGAUGCCGCUCAGGCGGAAGCUAAAACUGCCAAAGCUAAGGAACCGGAACCGGCGGCUAAGGAUGAAGAUGUCGAGAUGACCGAUGCCGCCAAGGUCGAGGCCGACAAGUACAAGGCCGAAGCCAACACAUUGUACAAGCAACGCAAGUUUGACGACGCCAUCGAUCUUUACAACAAGGCCUGGGAAACUUACAAGGACAUCACCUACUUAAACAACCGGCUGGCGGCUGAGUAUGAAAAGGGGGACUACGAUGCCGCCAUUGCUACUUGUGAAAAGGCCAUUGACGAAGGCCGUGAGAUGAGAGCCGACUACAAGCUCAUCGCCAAGGCGUUCGCCCGUUUGGGUAACACCUACUUGAAGAAGGACGACCUCGAGCUGGCGAUUAAGGCGUUCGACAAGUCGCUCACGGAACACCGUACCCCCGACGUCCUCAAUAAGUUGCGGGCGACGCAAAAGGAGUUGAAGAAGCGCGAGGCUGAUGCUUAUGUCGACCCGGAAAAGGCCGAAGAGGCCCGUCUCCAAGGUAAGGAUUACUUUGAAAAGCAAGACUGGCCCAACGCCGUUAAAGCCUAUACCGAGAUGAUCAAGCGGGCUCCCGAAGACGCUCGUGGCUACUCCAACCGUGCUGCUGCUCUCGCUAAGCUCUUGUCGUUCCCUGACGCCGUCGAAGACUGCAACAAGGCCAUUGAAAAGGACCCGGACUUCAUCAGAGCUUACAUCCGCAAGGCCAACGCCCAGUUGAUGAUGAAGGAGUACUCGCAGGUGAUGGAAACCUUGGCCACCGCUCGUGAACGUGACCAGGCCCUCGGCGGCAAGAACGCUGCCGAAAUCGACCAAUUGUACAACAAGGCGGCGGCGCAACGGUUCCAGAACAUCGAAGGGGAAACCCCGGAACAGACGAUGGAACGGGUGCUGAAGGACCCCGAGAUCGUCAAGAUCUUACAGGACCCCGUCAUGCAGCUGAUCUUGGGCCAGGCCCGCGACAACCCCGCCGCGUUGCAGGAACACAUGAAGAAUCCCGACGUCGCCAAAAAGGUCAACAUGUUGAUCGCCGCCGGUGUCAUUAGAACCAGAUAA